GAGGAUUCCAAUCUUAUGGUGGAGGUCAGCAAAAUUUUAUGUCGUGCCAGUAUCAAAGUCCUGUUCGUUUACUUUGAGAAUCAGGCAACACAUGAUCAUUCCGGCGAAAUAUUGCGUGAGGUUACCAAGUGUGACAUAUCCUAUGUAUCACUCAGAAAGAAAUCCCUUCCGCUGGAGGCAGUCAAAGACGAUGGCAUAUUGAUGCACAUGGUUAUGAUAAUCAAGGACAUCUCACAACCCCUAAAACUAUCCCUGAUCAAUAAAAAAUCCGCGGCCAAGCAUCUGUCACAUGUUAUUCUACUCGUGCGGGAUGCGGAGAAGCUCUCAUUGGGCUGGAUGCGUGCCAGUUUCAGGCAGUUCUGGAGCAUUUGGCUGCUGAACAUAGUCAUAAUCUUCUGGCGGGAUGACCGCUUGCAUGUCUAUCGCUACAAUCCAUUUACGAAUGAUUUUCUGCUGCCGGUGCACGUGACGCCGGGUGAAUUACCAACGCUGGCGCAGCUUUUUCCCAAGAAGAUACCAAAUAUGCAACGCAAACCGUUGCGCAUGUGCCUCUACAUGGACGAUGUGCGGGCCAUUUAUGGACCGCAGGGCAAGAUCAUGGGCACAGAUGGAUUGCUCUCCAGCUAUAUAGCACAGAGCCUGAAUGCGACGAGGAUUAUAACACGCCCGUUGUCAUAUAGUGAGCACAACCAAAGCCUAGAUAUAUGCGCCAAGGAAAUAGCCAAUGAGUUCGAUGAUUUGGCCAUGAACAUACGCUUCCUGGCGCCGGAUACGUUCAAGAAGCGCGCCGAAGCCACCAUAGCCCACAACCGGGAUGAUCUGUGCGUAAUUGUUCCCAAGGCCAAGGCAGAGUUAUUAUUCUGGAACAUCUUUCGUUCAUUUGGCGGUUGGGUUUGGCUCGCCAUUGCCACGUCCAUGCUGCUGGCCAAUGUCUUUUGCUCUGUGGUGCUCUGUGGCCAGCGACUGGGCUGCACGGCUUUGGAGUUGUUCUCCUGCAGCUUGUCACAGCCUGUGGCGCAUAUUCCGCGCAAUAGUUCCGUCUGCAUGUUCCUCAUCUUCUGGCUGUACUUUGGCAUGCUGAUUUGCACCGCGUUUCGAGGCAAUUUGACCAGCAUGCUGGUCUAUCGGAAGUCACAGCCCGACAUCAAUGAUCUGAACACGCUGGCUGCCUCAUCAUACAAGAUACUCAUACGAGCGCGUCAUAUGAGACAUAUACGUCAAUUCUUGAGCAAUGGCCAUGAGCUUGAGGCCAAGAUUAGGCAGCUAAUGCUGGAGGUGCCCGACUCGGAGCUGUUUAAUUAUUUCAAUCACAACUAUCGAUCCUAUGCUUAUCUGGAGAAAUAUCACAUUGCCUCGUUCCAGGUGAAUGCACGCCAGCACAUGCUAAUGGGCCGACCGUUGUUUCACCUGAUGGACAGCUGCCUGGUGCCAUUCCACGCGGUAUACACUGUGCCCUAUGGCUCACCCUAUUUGGGCUUUUUCAAUCAACUAAUUCGUGGUGCACAUGAAUUUGGUUUCGAGCGUUAUUGGGAUCGCAUUAUGAAUGCGGCGUUCAUUAAGGCCGGCACCAAGGUGCACCACCAUCGACGGCACAAUAACAGCGAUGAUCCAGUCGUACUCAAACUGGAGCACUUUCACGCCGUGUUCUUUCUAUGGGCCAUUGGCUUGGCGCUGGCCUUCUUGAUAUUCUUAUGGGAGUUGCUGCAGAAUAACUGGGCCAUAACAAAGCGCAAACGCUAGACAACAGCAUGCAA